AUGUUCGGCGGCCACAGGGCCUGGUUUUCUCAGAGCGUCGGCCCCGAGCCCCGCCGCCUGUGGGUUACUGAAGGAGGAGUAAUCACAAACCAGGAUGGUGCGGAUUAUCUGUUUAGCAGCGAUGCUUCCCACCCUGAUACAAAAAGGAUACACCAGAGCAUAGAUUAUCUAGAAGACAGAAUGGCAGUUUUUCAUGCUUAUUAUCUUACUGCAAGUGCCAACUCAGAAAUAAAAAACACAGUACCAAUUGGACACUUUCUCCUUCCGCCAGCCUGCUUGCAACGAGAAAUUAGAGAAAAAAUUGGAAGUUUUGUCUGGGAACAGAUACCCGAGCCUCUGAAACUGCAGCCCAGGCAGCCUGUUGAACGAAAGCGCAGCAGGGAGGGAGAAGACCGAAAGGGCGCAAGAGGCUCGGAAAGAAGAGAAAUCAGUCAAGCCCCGGGGACACUAGAAAUUGGGAAACUUGCAUACAUUCCACUUCAAAAUUAUCCAGCAAGUAACAUGGUGACAGGUUAUCCAUCUGCUAAAGAGAUGAAGAAAUUUGUUGGGAAGAUACAGGAUUUUAUCCCUGGCUGUUCUGGUUGUUUGGCAUAUUGGAUUUCAAAUGAAAAAAAUAUUUUCUCUGAUAGAAAAACAAAA